AUGAAGGUCUUCAUCAUCGCCGUCCUCGCCGCUGCCGCCACUACGCAAGCCCGCAUUCUGCAUGUCGUCCGCCAAAACAACGCGCAGACAUUCUCUGGCGCUCUUGGAGGCGUGGAGGCUACUCCGGUGCUGGACUCUGGCAACGAGGACCGUCCUUUCUCCGUCAAAGGCGAUACCUUCGUCAACCUUGCCGCUGCGCUGCAGCGUUCAUGCGAUCAGCAGUUCAACGGGUGUGCGAACCUGGCGAACUCGGGACAGGCAGACUUCUCGACGCAGGAGUGCCAGGCGCAGAAAGGUGAGUGGCCAUCUCUAUCUGGGAGGCGAUGA